CAACAUAUCUUCUCCUAUUAAUUGUUAUUAUAAGCCGCACCAAAAAAUAACUCCAUCCAAACUCACUUCUGGAUUUAAUUUAGCGACAAUGGAGUAUCUCUUGGUCACCUUCGCACUACUUGUAGCUUCAUUUAUCUUCAUCUUCUCCUCCUACUUCCGUCGCAAAAUUUCCAACCUUUCGCUUCCGCCGACUGUCUUUCCAACCCUCCCGGUAAUCGGCCACCUCCACCUUUUGAAGAAACCCCUGUACAGGACAUUGACCACAAUCUCCGCCAAACACGGCCAAAUCCUGCUCAUCCGCUUUGGAUCCCGCCGCGUUCUACUGGUGUCCUCCCCAACCGCCGCCGAAGAAUGUUUCACUAAGAACGACGUCAUCUUCGCCAACCGCCCUCGCUUUCUUGCUGGCAAAAUUCUUGGCGACAAUUACACCAGCAUAGGUUGGGCACCAUACGGCGACCACUGGCGCAACCUUCGCCGGAUCUCCUCCAUCGAGAUCUUCUCCCCUCAUCGCCUUAAUGAGUUCCAUGACAUACGCGCUGAUGAAGGAAGACUUCUGAUACGUAAGUUGAUCUCUGAAUGUUCUUCGCCGGUAAACUUCAAGUCGGUUUUGCAGGAGAUGACGCUGAACGUGUUGAUGAGGAUGAUAUCCGGGAAGAGAUAUUUCGGCGGAGAUAUGAAGGAGGAAGGCAAACAGUUCCAGGAGAUAAUUAAGGAGGCUGUUCUCCUGUCGGAUACUUCGAAUUUAGGGGAUCACAUGCCCCUCAUGAGAUGGUUUGGAAUGAAAGAGUUGGAACGGAAGAUGAUUAUAUUGCAGAAAAAGAGAGAUGCUUUCCUUCAAGGGUUGAUCGAACAACAUCGAACAGUAGAUGGGAUUGAACCCAAAAACAAGAAGAAGAACACAAUGAUUGAAGUUCUAUUGCAGCUACAAAAAACUGAUCCGGAUUACUACACUGAUGAAGUUAUUAGAAGCUUUGUGCUGAAUCUGUUAUCAGCUGGAACUGAUACUUCUGGCACGACUAUGGAAUGGGCUCUUUCCCUUUUGCUCAACCAUCCACAUGUUAUAAAGAAGGCACAAAAGGAAAUAGAUAGUCAUCUGGGGAAAAGCCGUCUUGUUGAUGAAUCAGACAUGAGCAGCUUACCUUAUAUUCGUUGUAUUGUGAACGAGACUUUGCGUAUGUAUCCUCCACUCCCAUUACUAGUACCUCAUGAGUCAUCCGACGAUUGUGUGGUCGGAGGCUAUCAUAUCCCACGUGGGACCAUGCUACUAGUCAAUCAAUGGGGGAUGCAUCAUGACCCCGACCUGUGGAAUGACCCUGAAAGGUUUCAACCAGAAAGGUUCGAGAGCUUAGAAAGUACAAAAGAUGGGUUUAGAUUCAUGCCGUUUGGGUCUGGAAGGAGAAGUUGUCCAGGAGAAGGCUUGGCGUUGCGUAUGGUUGGGUUGACGUUAGGGUUGCUAAUACAGUGUUUCGAUUGGGAAAGGAUUAGUGAAGAGAUGGUUGACAUGAGAGAAGGUCCUGGGCUCACCAUGCCCAAGGUUCAACCUUUAGUAGCCAAGUGUAGACCACGUCCGAUAACACACAAUCUAAUAGCUUUAAACAUGUAAACUUAUAUAAAGCAGGUUUUGCUUGGCAUGUAAGUGAACUGGCUUUAAAAUUGUAUUGUGAAAAAAGCUUUGGGAAAAUAACUUAAAAUAACAAGGAAGUUUUUAACUCGUUCACAAAACUCAAUUAUGUUUUGAUCGUUCAAUGAAGACCAAUGAAAUUAACGUUUUGUCUAAAAAGUUAAACUAAGCUACGAUUUUUUUUCCAGUUUACAUUAAAGCGGCCGACAUCGUUAGGUGAACAUUGAGUUGGCAAAUAAAUGUUGAGUUGAUAUAUGUACUUGGCAUUAAUGACCUAUCUACUUAGCAUUAAAUGAAAAUUUCAUACUUUAAAUCGAUUUAGGGCACAAUGAUACCAUUGGUACGUCUACUCUUGUGAUCAAUGGAGUUCUUCAACUCUCAUGGGUUCUCCAUCUCAAUCAUUCAACUCCUGCUCAAGCUUAAAAUUUUCGAAGAGAAAAAGCGUAAUUUAAGGUUUGCCCUAACUCUUUGGAUCCAAAGAAGGAAAAAUGUGAUUUCUGGGAAUGGAUUGAUGAAGAUAAAGAAAAUAUAACUAAGAACAAGAAUAAGAAAGAUGAAGAACAUGAACAUUCUUUUUAAGUGAAGAUUGCAAUAUUGGAAUACGAUUUCAGUG